GAGAAAGGGUAAUUUCUCUGAGCUAUACUAGUUCUCCCUCCAGGGCUAUAAAUCUCUCUCUCAUGUCAGUACAGUAGCAGUGUGAAUGGAGCUCCUUUGUUUGUUCUGUGUUAGGAAGAUCUCUAUUUUCUUGCUGCUCAUCAGAAGCUGGGGUUCUGUCUGAUUCCUCUAUGGUGGGUUGCUCAUUGUUGGGUUCCAGUUGUAAUCUUCCUUUGAUACUGAGGAAGUUUUUUACGAAAAGUCCUUGAGUGCUUUUCACUACAACUAUCCCUGUUGUUUUGUAGAUGUUAACAUUGAUCAUUGUUACGUCAUCCUCAUUUUUAAUUUUUAGCUGGUAACCCCCACAGAUGCCAAGUGUCACGCUCAAUGCGUGACACUUGAGAGCCCAGCAUCUGUGUCUUUGAAUUGACUUUGUUUGUAAUUUACGAGCGCUUAAAACUUAAUUCGCGUUUGCUGUACACCACACGCGAACAUGCGCGUUCCACAAUCUUUAUUACUUCAUUACUUUAUUCGCAGAAGACGAGAUUGAUGCGCGUUCGCGACAAUCCCACCACCUGCCGCGAGUUCGCAUCGACACGCGUCUUUGCAUUGACUUUGUAUGUAAUUUACAAGCGCUAAACGAGUGAUAGGCUAUGUUCACACCAAGCGCGAACAAUCGUGUUCCACGUUUUUUAUUCCUCGCGAGAAAAGUUUGUUAUUUUGGCUAGAGUGACACGAUCUGACAAGUAUUUGAAACCUUCGCGGGAGUGUGUCAUUCGGUUUGCCUGCAGCGAGUUUGCGUCUAUAUGCAUCUUUGCAUUGACUUAGUAUGUAAUUUACUAGCGCAAAAAGCUUAAUUCGCGUUAGCUGUGAAUCGAGUGUAAUGCUGUGUUCACACCAACGCGAACAAUCGCAUUCCAUAAUUUUUAUUGCUCGCGGGAAAAGUUAGUUAUUGACGCGAUCUGACAAAUAUUUUCAACCUUCGCGGAAGUCCGUCAUUCGCACCGCCUACUGUGAGUUUGCGUCUAUACUCGUCUUUGAACUUACUUUUAAUUUACUUUGCGCAAAACGCUUCAUUCGUGUUGCUGCGCCAUCUGCAGGCGAAAAUGUGUUUGUUUUACUGUAAGUAACAUAUUUUCUGUGAAUGCCAUGUAUUCUCUUGUAAAAACGCUAAACGUGGAUUUAUUUUGAAAUAAUUUUUUAUCAUGUUUUUGAAUACAAACAAAAAUAAAUGGAUCAAUAUAUUUUAGAGAUGGUGUGUUAUUAUGUAUAUUAGCAUAGGUUACAUCAUAAAAGCAUCUGCUAAUGCACAAUAAGCGUUUUCUUUUUAACAAUUUUAUAAUUCAUGAAGUUAAUUGGGAAAUCCAAGGGAUGAUUUUUGAUUAGAUUUAAGCACCAAAACAUUUUUGUAUCAAACCGUACAUAUUUUAAUAUUAUGCACACAGAAAAUUUGCUACAUUUUAGACAAACUCUUCAUAGGUACAUUUACUUUCAUUCAGUUAUACAUAUCAGUACAGAUACGUGACCCAUCUGUUUUAAACUCAGAUAAUAUCAGACUGGAUCUAUGCUGAUCUUUUCAAGACCCAAACCACCGCCCAUUCUUCAUCAUAAAAGUCCAAAGUACAAGACAGAGAAGAGCUUUACGGUAACAGAUCAAACAGAUCACAGUGAGGACUCAGCGGGGCACUAAACACUACUGAGAUCACAUUAUCUCGACUUCUCACUCAAAACAUGUACAAUCAAGGUCCAUCAAUUGGAAGAAUAGAUCCUAUCAACAUAGUUAACAGACCUCCGAGUGACCAGAAUGCAUUCGAGAAAUCAGGAAUACGACAAUUUCAUCCACCACCGUACCAGGAGUACCCUGCGUACCCUAAUGUGAGAUAUCUUCCUCCAGGGAGUUAUCCGGCACCAUACGGGUAUCCGGCCCAGCACAACAGAGCCCCGGGAGGCCCUCCUUUUCCGUACCCAUCAGCGUAUCAUCAGGGACAACAUCCAGGUCAUCUCGGGAUCCCUGUUCAGCCCACGGCUCCAUAUCCAUCAGCGUAUCAUCAGGGACAACUUCCAGGUCAUCCAGGGAUCACUGUUCAGCCCACGCCGUUGUCGACCCCAACGCCACCGAUCAAUCCAAAACCAGAUUACAUGUGUUACUCCGUCUUUACUCUGCUGUUCUGCUGUUUACCUCUGGGUAUUGCUGCUGCCGUCUAUUCGGCCGCUACUCGUGACGCUUACAGUUCCGGGCAGAGAGAAGCGGCCGAGAGAAGCUCUAGGACGGCCUUGAUCCUGAACAACACAGCUCUGGGCUUCGGCAUCACAGUGUAUGUGGUGGCCAUCCUAUGUUUUUUUCUUAUUAAUCGCAACAUCUGGUAAUCACAGAUUUGAAUGAUCGAUAUUUUGUUUUUUUAAUUGAACACAAGGUUACAUAUCGGAAUGAUGUGCAGGAAUCUAAUGGGGAUCCUUUUUCUUUUUAAACAGAUUUUCUCUGUAACAUCUACAUGAUUUUGCUUUAGAUUUCUUUUUUUUAUUCAUGCAUUAUUCAUGUGAGAUAUGCAAAAUACUUCAACCUAAUGCUGUUAAAGUCCCGUGAAGAUUUUCCCAUACAGUUAAAUAUUCCAUUGUUGGAGAUGAAUGUGAAGCCGUGUUUGUUAAUGAUUAAAUAACUGACUGAUUUGUUUCAUUUCCAGUGAUCGUGCGCUGAUGUUAUCUUAAUGUUUUAUUGUAUUGCUUGACUGUAAACGAAACUCAGGUUGCUUUAAUCUGACUUCAGUGUAAUAUAUGAGUGUGUAACCAUAUAAAAUCUCAUCCUUUGACCUUACUGUGUAUCACAGCGACACGUCACAAACUGUAAACAGAACUUGAGACUAACCCCACAUGUGCACGUACAGAACACUGUCUCUGCCAUCAAUGAAAUUAAACAGAGAGCAAAUGAA